AUGGGGAACGCACAGGAGAAACCCCCGGGCAGCGGAGGAGGGGGGCCUAGUCCAGAUCAGGCCACAGCAGGGAUGAGGAACCGGAGUGGAGGAAGCAUGAAAAAGCCCUCGGCAGGGAAGGGGGUGGCUAAUGGUACUCAGAAGGAAAGGAGUCCUGUUGGUGGACAGGAGGAUCAGGACCGCCCUGCAGUGGACACAAGUUAUCUGGACGCCCCUGCUGGGGCCCUUCCUCCUCAUCUAGCCCGGUUUAAGAACGAGGGCAACCACCUCUUCAAACAUGGGCAGUUUGGGGAUGCCUUGGAGAAGUAUUCACAGGCUAUUGAUGGCUGUGCUGAAGCAGGUAUUGACAGUCCAGAAGAUCUGUGUAUUCUCUACUCCAACAGAGCUGCCUGUUACCUGAAGGAUGGAAGCAGCGCAGACUGCAUACAGGACUGCACCAAGGCUUUGGAGCUGCAGCCGUACUCCUUGAAGCCCCUGCUGCGUAGAGCCAUGGCCUAUGAGUCACUGGAGCGCUACAGGAAGGCCUACGUGGAUUAUAAGACAGUCCUGCAGAUAGACACUGGGGUUCAGGCAGCACACGACAGCGUCCACAGGAUCACCAAGAUGCUGAUUGAGCAGGACGGGCCUGAGUGGAGAGAGAAGCUUCCAGGGAUUCCCACGGUGCCGCUGUCUGUCCAGCAGCAACACAGAGACAAGCCGGUCAGCGCCGAGGUGGCCCAGGCCCGAGCUGCCAGGGCUGUGCAGGAGGAAGCCAGAAGAAAAGAAGCACGCUUUACUCUACUGAAACAGGAAGGCAACGACCUGGUCAAGAAAAGCCAAUUCCAGGCAGCUCUGGAGAAGUACAGUGAAUGUCUCAGCUUAAAACCUGAAGAAUAUGCCGUCUACACAAACAGAGCUAUUUGCCUCCUGAAGCUAAAUCGCUUUGAAGAGGCCAAACACGACUGUGACUCUGCGCUGCAGCUGGAUCCGACCAAUAAGAAAGCCUUCUACAGACGGGCCCUGGCUCAUAAGGGUUUACAGGAUUACCUGUCGGCCAGCAGCGACCUUCAGGAAGUCCUCCAGCUGGACCCAAAUGUUCGGGAGGCCGAGCAGGAACUUGAGGUGGUGACGAGCUUGCUUAGACAGAGCCUGAUGGACAGCACUGCACACACACCGAGGGUUUGAUGGUUCUUUGUGGACCAACGUGGAUGCGGAGGAAUGACACAGGUGUGGACAAACGCCGUACUGCAGCAGUUCUG